AUGUCUCAAGAAAAAUUGGUACAAGAAGUCGUGGAUGCACUUCUUGAUAAUGGAAUCCGCGGACAACCGAUGAGGGAUAGUCAUAAGAAAGUUUACAAAUCGUUUUCCGAUAUAAUUUCGGGCAAAGAGGGAAGAUUUCGAGAGACUCUUCUUGGAAAACGAGUUGAUUAUUCGGGGCGUUCUGUUAUUGUCGUAGGUCCAUUACUUUCAUUACAUCGAUGUGGAUUGCCCCCCGAAAUAGCAAUAGAGCUAUUUCAGACAUUUCUAAUUCGUGGUUUAAUUCGAAACCAUAUUGCUUCGAACAUAGGAGUUGCUAAGAGUCAAAUCCGGGAAAAAGAACCAAUUGUAUGGGAAAUACUUCACGAAGUUAUGCGGGGACAUCCAGUAUUGCUGAAUAGAGCGCCUACUUUGCAUAGAUUGGGCAUACAGGCAUUUCAACCCAUUUUAGUAGAAGGACGUGCUAUUUGUUUACAUCCAUUGGUGUGUAAGGGAUUCAACGCAGACUUUGAUGGGGAUCAAAUGGCUGUUCAUGUGCCUUUAUCUUUGGAGGCUCAAGCAGAAGCUCAUUUACUUAUGUUUUCUACUACGAAUCUCUUGUCUCCGACUAUUGGGGAUCCUAUUUCUGUACCAACUCAAGAUAUGCUUAUUGGACUUUAUGUAUUAACUAGCGGAAAUCGUCGAGGUAUUUGUGCAAACAGGUAUAAUUGGUUUAAUUGCAGAAAUUCUCAAAAUGAAAAAAUGAGCAAUAAUAACUUUAAGAACUUGAAGUAUAUGAAAAAAAAAGAACCCUGUUUUUGCAAUUCCUAUGAUGCAAUUGGAGCUUAUAGACAGAAAAGAAUAAAUUUGGAUAGUCCUUUUUGGCUCCGGUGGCAAAUACAUCAAUGCAUUAUGUCUUCAAGAGAAGUUCCUAUCGAAGUUCACUAUGAAUCUUUUGGUACCUAUUAUGAGAUUUAUGAGGAUUAUUUAGUAAUAAGAAGUAUAAAAAAAGAAAUUCGUUGUAUAUACAUUCGAACCACUAUUGGUCAUAUUUCUUUUUAUCGAGAAAUCGAAGAAGCUAUACAAGGUUUUUCUCGAGCCGAUUCAUCAUAUAGUAUCUAA